AAACAGUAUGUACUCGCUCUGCAUUUGCUCAAGGGCACCUCAGCGGCUUCAAACCCUCAAAAGUCUUCUCCAGCACAGACAUGUCCUCCAUCAGUGAAAGGAGCUCCGAGGAGACGUUCCAAUGCUCCAUCUGUCUGGAGGUGUUCUCUGAGCCAGUGUCCACUCCAUGUGGACACAACUUCUGCCGACGCUGCAUCUCUCAGACCUGGGACACUGAUGGGCUGACAUGUCCUCUGUGUAACAGGAGCUACAGCACAAGACCUGAGCUCAGUGUGAAUACUCUGCUCCUGGAGAUGGUUUCUCAGUUUAAACUAGAGGCUGAAAAGUUGAAGUCACAAGUGUCCAAACCUGGAGAGGUGCAGUGUGACAUGUGCUCUGAGCCCAAGCUGAAGGCCCUCAAGUCCUGCCUGGUGUGUCUGUCCUCCUUCUGUGAGAGCCACCUCCAGCCUCAUCUCGCAGUCUCUGGGCUGAAAAGACACCAGCUGAUGGAGCCAGUGGAAAACCUGGAAGACAGGAUGUGUCCCACACACCAGCGCCCCCUGGAGCUCUUCUGUGCCACUGACCGAAGCUGCGUCUGUACUGUGUGUGUCCUAGAGCACAAGAACCAUGAGUUCUUGUCUCUGGAGGAGGCGUGUGAGCGCAGGAGGUCCUCUCUGCUGCAGACUCAGGCUCAGAGUCAGCACAUGGUGGAGCAGAGGAGGCAGAAGAUCCAGGAGAUCCAGAUCCUCCUGGAGCUGAGUGAGACAGAGACCCUCAGAGAGAGGGCUGUGGGGCUGCAGGCCUUCACUGCUCUUAUGCAGUCUGUUCAGAGUCGUAUGGACCUCUUCUUAGUGGAGCUCCAGGAGAAGCAGAGCCGGAGCCACAGACGAGCCCAGGAUCUGGUGCAGCGGCUGAAGCAGGAGAUCUGUGAUCUGGAGCAGAGCAGCACUGAGGCCGAACGUCUCUCACGCUCUCAUGACCCCCUCCACUUUCUACACCACUGCCCUGCACCCACGCCCCCUGCUGGGCUUAAGGAGUGGAGCAGUGUGAGCUUUGAGCCUGAGACGUGUGAGGGCAGUGUGACCCGGGCUCUGUCUGAGCUGGAGAACAGUCUCUCUCAGGAGUUUAACAAACAGUUUAAAGAACUGGCCUCAGAGUUUAACAAAACUGAGCUGAGGAGAGUGCAGCAGUGUGCAGUGGAGGUCACUUUGGGUCCAGACACAGCUCAUCCUGAACUCGUUCUGUCUGAAGAUCUCAAACAGGUUCAUCACACUGAUGUGAGGAAACAGCUCCCAGACUCUCCUCUGAGGUUUGAUCAAUGUCCUUCUCUUUUAGGAAAACAAAGUUUCUCUUCAGGCAGGUUUUACUUUGAGGUUCAGGUCAAAGGGAAAACAAACUGGGAUUUAGGAGUGGCCCAAGAGUCCAUCAACAGGAAGGGAAACAUCACUGCAUGUCCUGAACAUGGGCUGUGGUGCAUUGUCUUAAGAAACAAAGAUGAAUACAAAGCUUGCUCUUCUCCUCCUGUCCCUCUGUCCCCUCAGAGAGCUCCUGAGAAGGUGGGGGUGUUUGUGGACUAUGGAAAGGGUCUGGUCUCCUUUUAUGAUGCACAUUCUGGAGAUCUCCUCUACUCCUUCACAGACUGUUGCUUCAGGGAGAAGCUGUUUCCAUUUUUCAGUCCCAGUUUAAAUGAAGGAGGAUCAAACUCUGCUCCUCUGGUCCUCACUGCAGUGGAGACUUUGAGCAGUGACAAAGUACAAAAGUAAAAGUACUGUACUUAAAGAGGGGGAUUACACUUUUAUGGGGUAUAUACUGUUAACCAGUGGUGGAAGAAGUACUCAUUUUUGUUACUUAAGCAAAAGUAUUUAAGUAUCUGUUUAAAAAUGUACUUAGAGUAAAAAGUAAAAGUAUUUUGUACAGAGUUUGAGAUAUAAUAAAGCUUCAAAUGUAGUCAUUUUAAUAAAGAUUUGUGCUGAAUUACUGAAUUAACUGUUUUUAUUUAUAUAUUUUUGUUUGUUCAAAUUAUGAAUGUGUUAAAAAUAAAGCCUCAGCCUUUUCAGCAGGUCUUAGACAAUAAUACUUUUUUUUUUUUUUUCAAUCCAGUUCACAAAUGUAGUGGAGUAGAAAGUGCAGAUACUUUUCUCAAAUGUUGUGAGAGAAGGUAUCUUUGCUCCCCACACUAAGUCACUCCCCCUUCACAGAUCUAUCACAACGCAAUCACUGUGCAUCCCACUAAUGAAGCAACUGCACAUCAGAUCAGGAUUGUGAUGUUGUUGUGUACAAUUUUGUAUCAUGUUUUUAAUAACAGAUCGCAUGACCAAAACUGUGGCUUCACCAAAAUGGGACUCCAAAGAAAAGCUCAUUUUAGUGACACAAUUGCAAAUAAUCUGGUAACAAACUUUUAUACGCACACCUGCACCUGUUUGUAAUGUUUUAUUUAGACUUGUUGGAUUGCUUUGCUCGUGUUUAUGCUGGUAUUGUAUUUUAAACAAGGCGCCCAUAAAAAAAGAGCUCAAGUGCUCUCUCGUGUGGUUCCCCUAACUGUAAGCAGGGUUUGAAUAAGGCCUCUGAGAGAUCACUAGAUUACUCAAACAUGCACGGACAACAUCUACAACCUCUUCAGUCCUGUUUCUGAUGAAGGAACAACAUUAUAACAUGGGAGAAAGUUUAAAAAGUUGAUUUUGCAUAAUGACCCCUCUUUAAGUAUAAUUCUGAGGUAUCUGUACUUUAUUUAUGUACAUUUUACUGUGUAUAGUUUUUACUCUAUAUUUUACACUGGACUGAAAAGUACCACGUUUGUUUAUUGACCUGAGUUGUUUUAAGGACAAUAAAAAUUCACAGUGUACUAGUAAUGUUCAUCUGAAUCUCUACAGUGAUGUAAAUAAACACUUAUAUGGC